AUGGCGACUCCCCGAAGCGCCGCUCCCCCCGCACAGACUGCACCGGGGGAUCCCUCUACAGCUGCUGCAGCCGCGACCAGCAGCAACAGAAAUGCAGCAGCAGCGGCAGAGGAAAGCCUAGUAGGCUCCUCCCCGUGGUGUAGCCGGCAACAAAAACAAGAGCAGCUACAACUGCAGCUACAACAGCAGCUGCAGCAGCAGCAGCAGCUCCAGUUUCCGCGAGGACGUAGGGCGACUGUUUCCUUCGUGGAGAGUCGUUCUGACGCAGUGGCAGAAGCCUCGAAUGACAGAGGGGCAGCUAAGACAGCAGCCACUGCCUUCGCGGCAGCUGCGGCUUCCUCGCCGUGGAGUCGAAUGCAGUCUCGACGGCAGUCCGAUAGUGGAGUGUCGGCAAGUGCAGCAGAAGCAGCGAAAAAACAUGCGAAUGCAGCGGCCUGCAGCAGCAGCGGGGGGGGAGCUACACGGGCUGCUGCUGCAGCAGGCGUAGCAGCAGCAGCAGGCGCUGCAGCAUCCGCAGCUGCCGCUGGCUCUCUCAAGGCGCGUGCUGCAGUCACUGCAUGCAAGCAGCAGCAGCAGCAUUACCACCAACAGCCAGGACUGCCUUCGCUGCUGCGGUGGGGUGCACAGGCGUUUUCUCUGAAUGGGGAAAAUCCCGCAUUUGCAGCUCCUCCUGCUGCUGCUGCUGCUCCCGCUGCUGCCGCUGCUGCUGCUGGCUCUCCUGAAGCGAAAGCACCGCAUGCAGCGGCUGCAGCUGGCGGCAGGGGCGUGUGGCUAAGCAUGCAGCAGCAGCAGCAGCAGGCUGCCGCGUGUCUUCACGCAGCAGGCCUCAUGUUGGGAGUGCAGCCGUCUGCUCACGCUGCGGCGGCAGCAGCAGCUGCUGCUGCUGCUGUAGCUGCAGCGUCUUGUGCCUCGAGGGAUACUGGAGGGCAUGCACCGACGGAGCUUGCUAGUGGCUGUCUCGCUGCCUCUGGGCAAGCCGCCUUUGGCAUAGCGUCACCCCUGCAGCUGCAGCAGGAGACGACAGGUGCCCUCCUUCUUGGCAGCAACAGUGCUGCAGGGAGCAGCAGCAGCAGCAGUGGUAGCGCUUGCAGUCUUCCCGCUAGUAAGACGUCCUCUGCCGUAGGGGGCCCUUCUUCUGCUCCCGUGACAGAGUCAGCGUCGCGUUUUUGUGCUUCCUUGUCGAUCAGAUCAGCAGCGGCGGUCGCUGCUGAAGCGGCAGCAGCAGCAGCUGCUGCUGAUCCUCACAGUCUGUUUUCCUGCGCAAUCAGCUGCCCCCUUCAGGCAGAAGGCGCAGCAGGCGGUGCAUCCCCGCAAGGCAAGCAGAGGCUCGCAGAUUUGUCGUCGCUUGCCAGUGGGCCGCAUCCUGAGGCAGCAGCAGCAGCAGCAGCAGCAGAGGCGUCAGCAGCAGAUGCCGCUGAGACGCACUUUAGCCGCUGCGUGGUGGGAUGUGAGCGAUAUCCUCCAGUGCAUGGGUUGUGUUAUCUGAGGAAAGGGAUGCAUGUUAUUUGGAGGCAGCAGAGGUUUAUUAUGAGGGAUGCAUCGUGGGUGGCGGCUGCCUACGCUGCUGGUAGCAGUGGCGUGUGCAGCAGCUCGCCGUCUUUCCCCAAGCUGUCGAUUAAGAGGCAUCCUGAGCAGAACGUGAUGCAUGUGCAGGAGGAAGCGUGUAGGGAUGCUCUCGCCGCUGGCGGCUCAGAGGCAGACGCCUCCGCAGAUCUUCCUCUUCUCAGAAAAGAGGGCAGACACCCCUUUCAGCAGCAGUCUACCAAGAGGCCUUGCUUCUGUCCGACUGUUUAUGUGUCGCGAAAUGGCUGGAGACGUGCUGGCCCCUCCGAGAGCGGCGGGAGCCACAAAGGCGAUGUGUGCGCAGAUCUCGACGCACUUAAAGACUCUGAACGCAGCGGCGGAAGGAGCAACAAGCGUGGGGUAUGCACGACUUGCAGUUGUUGCAACGGAUCGUUCAAUUCAACGACGGAGUUCUUCUUUGAUGCGGCAGCGUCAGUCGGCUGUUUUCCAGUACUGGCUUGCGGCUCGGAUGCAGCAGCAAGGGAGGCAGCGCUGCGUUUCUUAGUGCAGCAGCAAGGCGGCAUCGCGUUCGUGGAAGCGGCUCAGCAGGUCGAAGUCGAGAAGGUGCUGCAGCCAGUCGUCGUCUCCGAGGAAGAUCUCCUAGAAAUACGGUGUCUCACGAUCGAAGGGCAGCAGUCGCAAGCGGCAUCUCUGGCUGGAGUGGCAUUGGUCGAGCGCAAAGGCCACACAUGUAUAGAGCAGCUUCACCCUUCUCAGCACGAGCAGAUGCUGCUGCCUCAUCGUAGGCAGUCGAUCUCUCGGUUGGAGCCAGAGCCUCCUCUGCUACGUUCUCACCGAGUCUUGCAGAAACAGCAGCCACAACGCCCUGAGCGUCCAAAGAGGCAAAUACCUCCGCGGCUCAAGGAUCCGGACGGUUCUGCGGCUGUCUCAGCAGCAGAGAGCAGCAGCAGGAGCUGCGUGUCGACGCCUGCAGGAGGAGGAGGAGCAGCAGCAGCACGUAAUGCAGUAGUCGCGGCAGCAGCAGGAGCAGGAGCAGGAGCAGGAGCAGCAGCAGGAGCAGGAGCAGCAGGUUCUCCACGAUUUGCGACAGCGGCAUGCGGCAAUAGCUGCAAAUCUCAGAGAACCCCCUUGCCGCGGCAUCUGAAGAUCAGUGGAGUAGUGCCUCGACUCGAGCAGCUGCCUUGUGGUUCACGCGAGGAAGGCGGAGGGGCAGUCGCGGCAGCUACUGCGGCUUCUUCAGCGUCUGGAGGCGUCGCAUUCCGUGUGGGAGACUUUUUGCAAGGCUUGUUGGCGUCUUCUUCGGGGGGCGGAUCGAAGCAGCAGCAGCAGCUGCUGCGCAGCAGCAGCAGAAAACGCAAAGCUGCUCCUGCGGAGGCGGGGGAAGGGUCGGGGAACGCCUUCGGGGGAGGGCCAAGGUGUAACUACAGCAGCGGAGUCGCAAGUGGCUCCUGUGUAUUCAGCGGCUUGGGGAGAAUUGCCGCGGAGAAAGAAGUCGACAAGGAGGGGCGCCUUCUUCUGCGCAAUGCGUUGAUCUCGGGAUCGCUAGUCCCCUUGGGAGAAGAGUUCGCAGUAGACUCGCUAGACGACGUCGAGAUGUUGCCUGCUGCUGAACCCUUUACGCACAAGCUGCAGCGCAGCCAGCCCCUUGACGUCGGACUGACACGGCAGCUGCUUGCAGCCAAGCACUUCGUGUAUCUCCUGUCUCCCUAUGCAGAGUCUAGGGCAGCAGCCGCAGCAUCCAGGCUAAGUAGCUCCCCUGCAGCAGCUGCUGCCAAGCAUCACGCACCUUCCCCCUUGCCUCCAGCAACUAGGCAGCAGCUACUUGCUUCGCAGCAGCAGCUGGUUCUGACUGCUCAGCAGCAGCAGCAGCAGCAGCAGCAGAUGGUGAUGCAGUAUCUCCUUCGGAAGCAUCAGCAGCAACAACAGGAGACGUUGCAGCAGGAUGGCUCCGCGAUAUUCACAGGAGCUGAUGCCUCCGCAGCAGCAGGCGUGACUGCUGUUGAGAGACCAUUUCCUUCGGUGUGUCUUGCAUGUGUGCUUGGUGCAUUCACAGCUUCCGAUGUUUCUAUCCACCCCCCCCACUUGCUGCAGCAACAGCGAACGCAGCAGUUGCAACACCUGUGGCAGCAGCAGCUGCUGCAACGGCUGCAGCAACAGCAGUCCAUGCAGCAAGGGGCAACUUCUGCAGUUGCACAGCAGGUGUUGCUGCACCCGUUGCAGCAACAAGGCGUUGCAGCGUUGUGGCUUCAGCGACAGCAGCAGUGGCGACUUCCUCUGUGGGGUCUCUUGCAGCAGCAGGAGCAGCGAGUGCAGCAGCAGCACCAUCACCAGGUGCAGCACCAGGAGCAGCAGCAGCAGAUGCAGCAGAGGAACGAGAGCAGCGCUGUGGCAUCUCGCAUUGUCUCGGGUGUAUGCGACGCUGGACGGGGUCUGCUGCCUCCUGGAUAUGGCGAGUUGCCUCAGUUGGAAGCCUUGGUGGACGCCGCAGUGCUGCUUAGUGCCUACUUCAAGUCGAGUAGUGCCCAGACGCAUGCAGAGGCUGGCAUGCGACUGGAUAGCAGGAGGCCUCUUCACUGCGUGUGGCUGGAUGAGCGGCGACAGCCUCAGUGGCGCUGCCGUUGGACUGCCUCUGCAGGGCGUCGCUUUAGCCGCACGUUUUCAGUAAAUCUUUUUGGCU